ACAAAGAUCAUAGCUAAAUAUACAAGCAUUGGCAAAGACUAUAUAUAUUAAGAUUUUUCAGAGAAGAGAUCUAAUUCUAAAUUCUAAUGCAUCAGCCAUCAAGGUGGAAUACUGAAGUAUUAGAUCUAUAAAUAAAGGUAUGUAAGAUCGAAUUUUAAAAUUUGGAAAAAACCAAUAGAACAUUGCAAAACUUCAAUAUUUACUGCAGUACUACAUCUGAGGCCACAGAACAAUAGCGCGGCCCGUGGCCGUUUCACUGUGCUAUUUUUUUGAAGAUCGCAUUACAGAUUAAAGCAAAUUUAGAAAAUGUGACCGACUUAACACCUGACGGAGAAGACUUUCGAUGUUUCGGUGUACAAAUUGUGGUGAAGAAUCUGACAAAUGGAUAUACUUAUCUCAAGAUAUAACAGUCCCAAUGAAAGGAAGUAGAGGACAUGCACAUUUAGUUACUAAAUGUAAAAUGUGUUCAAGGGAUAGUUCAUUAGAUAUUUUAUCAGAUACUAUUUCAAAGUAUACAAUAGAAGAUUCAAAUAAAUUUAAAAGUAUUGUCACAUUUGAUUGUCGUGGUAUAUCAAUCAUUGACUUUUCACCUAGAAACGGGUUUAAGUGUUGUGGAAUUGAAACAAACACUAAAUUUGAAGAUAUCAAUUUGGAAGAAAAAGAAUGGGUAGAUUAUGAUGAAAGACAGAACCAGCCUGUUGGAAUUUAUGAUGUCCAAUAUCAGUUUGUAACCACCAAAUAAAUUUUUUGUUGUCUUAUAAACCAUAAUUAAGAUGUAAAUUUAAUAUUAAUGAAAUCAUGUUAAAAAAAAACUAAGUUUGAUCCAUUUAUUUAAUGUCUAAUAAAUUCAGGAACAUAAAAAAUAAUAUUAAAAAAAUGACUAAUUAAAAAACUUUACGAUUAAUCAAUCUUCAUCUUCCUCAUCACUUGUAUCGCUUACCUACAAAAUAUAAACUCAAAUUACAAAAUCUGUUAA